GUUUGUUUGUUUACCUCGUAGGCAGAGAGCUGGCUGAAUGAACAGGCCCAGAAGGAAGGAUGGAGCAAAGCCAACAAACUUGAAGGCCGUAAAGCCAAGGAGGGUCUGAUGGGUCUGUUUGUUGGCGAUCAGGCAGCUGUUAUGGUAGAGGUGAACUGCGAGACAGACUUUGUUGCCCGCAAUGAGAAGUUUCAGCAGCUGGUUAAAGAUGUGGCGUUGGCUGCAUUGGCUCAUCACCAAAACAAAACCGAAAGCAAGGCUGGAUAUGUCAAGAGUGUCCUGCAGAGUGAGGAAUUAGGUCGGAUCUCUGUGAGUGAAGGAGCAUCACUUACUGACAAUGUGGCUCUUGCAAUAGGUCGCCUAGGGGAGAAUAUGUCAGUCAAUCGUGCAGUGACGAUCAGCGUCCCUGCUGAGUGGCACAUCGGCUCCUACGUGCACGGGAAUGUGAGCGGUCAAACUCAGGUGUCCAUGGGACGAUACGGAGCCCUGAUCAUUUUCCAGGGAGGAAACGAGGCCGAACGGGAAACCUUAGGUCGUAAACUGGGGCAGCAUGUCGUGGGAGAAGCCCCCCUGUCCAUGGGCAACAUGGACGACCUGCCCUGCGGCGAGGCUGAGACCCGUCUGCUGCCUCAGACCUUCCUUGGAGACCCCAGCAGGACUGUGGCCCAGUUCCUUAGGGGCCAACAGGCCCGAGUCUUGGACUUUGUCCGAUUUCAGUGUGGAGAAGCAGCCAGUGAGAAAACAGAAUGAACAGAGAUAUUCACCUGUGAUGUAUUGUCUGAGAAAUAAGAUAAAUGUGCACUUUUUAAGUUGUAAACCAUGAAUUUAGAAUUAAGACAUCAAGAUCUACAAAUAAUAGCAGCAGUUAUUUAUCAAUAAAAUGUCAUGAUCAUGAAAUCAUUGUUUAUUUUACAUUGUCACCAAAUGUAAAAUAAAAAGAUUUACUCUGUCA